AUGCGAAGCUUAAGUAUUUCUCCUCAUGAUAAAGAUCAAGUGUACAACUUAACAAAAGAUGAGGUUAGAUACACUCAGCGUUAUUACGAUUCCAGAGAUGCCACACAGGCAUUGGGUAAAUUCAGUGAGAGAGUAGACUUGGAGGAUUUGUUAAAUCGCCCAGAAAAGCUGCUUCAUUUUGGAAGUUUGUUCUCCGGAGCACGCGUGGUUAUGAAACUACAAAGUAGCAAAAAGUUUAAAGAUAAUUUAAUGCGUUCAAUGACGCCAAGCAAUCCCGAAAUUUUGAGAGUUGUGGAGAGCAUUAUAAGUAGGAUGGGAGGAGAUGAUAAGUAUGUGGGCAUCCAUGCACGGCUAGGGCCUGGUUUCUCGAAUGUAGGGAAUCAAACUAUACAAAGAUUCAUUGACCAAUUGAAAUACGAUUUCUCGAAAAAUAAUUCGGACAACAUUAUGAACUCAAAGAAUGUCAUAAAUUCUAAUCUUAAUCAAUCCUGUUAUCCUAAAUUUGACUCUAAAUCUCCUAUAGUAAUAUACCUAGCAACUGACGUUCAUCGUGAUAACGUGGUUCUUCGUCCGUUAUUGGAGAUGUUCCCGUGUGUUUACGUGCUGAACGAUUUUCAGAUUGAAUCAAUGAACAUAACGAACCCACUGGACGGUACGAAUAUGUUUAAAUACUUGGUUUCAUUCGUGGACGCGUUGGUGGCGGCACGAG